AUGUCCACAGGAACCUGGCCGUCUAAGUUUGUGGGAGCCCACAUUCUGUUGAUUGAGCCGGGUCCUCAGAACGGGUCCUGGGACAAUAUCCCAAGCGAAUGGAAUUCCAUCCGCUUUGAUGCUGUCGACGUGCUCUUUGUCAGCCCAUUUUUUGUCAGAACGAAUGACUACUCCCUUAUGCUGAGCAAACCCAAGGAAGGUGCGGGUGACCUCGUCAAGCGGUUCGAGUGGGUUAUCGCUACUGCCCGUACGAAGAACCCCAAUGUCAAGAUUAUUCUGGAGCAGUUCUAUGGCACCUGCGAUGGCGGCAGCGACUACGCCAUCAUUCAUGAAUGGGAUGACAGAAUCAACAAAUACGGUGAAUCGGUGGCCACCUUCAUCGAAAGCUACUACAACAAAAAGCUACCCGCGCCAAAUGGAAAUGGUGAGGUUUCCGGCCGAAUCGACGGUCUAGACGUCGACGUCGAGAGCGGAACCAAAGUCCCCGGCCUUCCUAAAAUCCUUGCCGCCACGCGCUUGAGUCUUGACAAACUCGGCCAGAAACUAGGUGGUGUUCGGUUCUCAGUCUCUAUCUGCCCGGCCUGGGGAGACUACCUCAACGCUAGCGUUGCAUCGUCCUGUGACUAUGUCAACAUGCAGAACUACAGCGGCGGACAAACCAACCCCCCGUCCGUCUACUACAAUGUCAUGCCCGGCUUGAGAAAGGAGCAGUUGGCAUGGGGCUUCGCCUCAGAAACGCCUUGGACUAGCACCACGGGAACCUUUCAGGAGGUCAAGGAUAAGGCCGCCGAAGUUGCAAGGGCUGAAUUCGCAGGUGCAUACACAUGGCGCAUCAAUUCUAACAACUACAUGUACGAGAACGUUUUCCAGGUGUGGCUGUACAACACCGUCCACGGAACCACGCUGCCCAAUUUCAAGCCCGAGAGCUUCGUCGCACAGUUCUGGCCAACCGGCGGUCGUCUAGACAAAAGCGGCGAGUCACCUUUGUUUCCUGGGAUGGUUUACAUCUAA